ACAUCUUCGCUUAGAGCAACAGCUAACCCCCUCUCUCUCUCUCUCACUCAUUCUGCUUUGUUUCCUCUCUCUUAACUAGCUUAACAUUGCAGCAGACACAAUCUUGUCUCUCUCUUAGGGUUUGUACGUGCUUCAUCUGAAGCCCAUCUACAUCUAUUUCUCCAUGCAGAUUCAGAAGUUUAACCUUCUCAACCAGUUGGGGGGAAGUUAGGGAGUUGGGUUUUAAAGUUCUGAUAGGAGUCCGUGAACAUGUUGUCCUCGUCGUCUUCGAUGAGAGCUGGGAGUUCCGAUCAGCCUCCGCAGCCGCAGAGGCGGAUCAUGCGGACGCAGACUGCUGGGAACCUUGGGGAGACGAUGUUUGAUAGUGAGGUUGUCCCGUCGUCUCUCGUUGAGAUUGCUCCGAUUCUUCGUGUUGCCAAUGAAGUUGAAAAGAGCAACCCCAGAGUGGCUUAUCUCUGCCGGUUUUAUGCUUUUGAGAAAGCUCAUAGGUUGGAUCCAACUUCUAGUGGACGCGGCGUCCGUCAAUUUAAAACUGCCCUUCUUCAACGUCUUGAAAGAGAGAAUGAUCCUACAUUAAUGGGAAGGGUAAAAAAAAGUGAUGCGCGGGAAAUGCAGAGUUUUUAUCAAAAUUACUACAAGAAAUAUAUACAGGCUUUGCAAAAUGCUGCUGAUAAAGCUGAUCGUGCGCAACUUACAAAGGCGUACCAAACCGCUAAUGUUCUCUUUGAAGUUCUAAAGGCUGUAAAUAUGACACAAUCUAUGGAACUUGAUCGCGAGAUUUUGGAUGUUCAAGAUAAGGUUGCUGAAAAGACAGAGUACUAUGUCCCUUACAAUAUCCUUCCGCUUGAUCCUGACAGUAAAGAUCAGCCAAUUAUGAGAUACCCUGAGAUCCAAGCUGCUGUUUACGCCCUUCGUAAUACUAGGGGUCUCCCUUGGCCUAAGGACUACCAGAAGAAAGAUGAAGACAUUCUGGAUUGGCUCCAGGCCAUGUUUGGCUUUCAGAAGCAUAAUGUGGCAAAUCAAAGGGAGCACCUAAUCUUAUUGCUUGCAAAUGUCCACAUACGACAAUUUCCGAAGCCUGAUCAACAACCCAAGUUGGAUGAACGUGCCUUAACUGAAGUGAUGAAAAAACUUUUCAAGAACUACAAAAAAUGGUGCAAGUACCUGGGUCGCAAAAGUAGCCUUUGGUUACCGACCAUUCAGCAAGAAGUGCAACAGCGCAAACUACUAUACAUGGGUCUGUAUCUGCUGAUAUGGGGUGAAGCUGCAAAUUUAAGAUUCAUGCCAGAAUGCCUUUGCUAUAUUUAUCAUCACAUGGCGUUUGAAUUGUAUGGUAUGCUUGCUGGGAAUGUUAGCCCCAUGACCGGAGAGAACGUAAAGCCAGCAUAUGGAGGUGAAGAAGAGGCCUUUUUAAGGAAAGUUGUUACUCCAAUCUACAAAGUGAUUGCUAAGGAAGCUGAAAGAAGUAAAAAAGGGAGAUCAAAGCAUUCUCAGUGGAGGAACUAUGAUGAUUUGAACGAAUACUUCUGGUCAGUUGAUUGUUUCCGGUUGGGCUGGCCGAUGCGUGCCGAUGCUGAUUUUUUUUGUUUGCCCAUUGAUCAGAUUCCUGAGAACAAUGGAGAUAACAAGCCAGCUACUAGAGAUCGAUGGGUGGGAAAAGUUAAUUUUGUUGAGAUCCGAUCAUUUUGGCAUAUUUUCAGAAGCUUUGACCGUAUGUGGAGCUUUUUCAUUCUAUGCUUACAGGCUAUGAUCAUUGUUGCUUGGAAUAGCACUGGGGAUCCAAGUUCAAUCUUUAGUUCUGAUGUAUUCAAGAAGGUAUUGAGUGUCUUUAUAACAGCAGCAAUAUUGAAGCUUGGUCAAGCUGUCCUUGAUGUUAUUCUUAGUUGGAAAGCACGAUGGAGUAUGUCAUUCCAUGUUAGGCUUAGAUACAUCUUAAAAGUGGUUUCAGCUGCCGCUUGGGUGAUAGUUCUUCCAGUUACUUAUGCUUACACUUGGGAGAAUCCUCCUGGAUUUGCCCAGACCAUCAAAAGUUGGUUUGGAAAUAGUUCGAGUGCACCUUCGUUGUUUAUUUUGGCUGUCGUCAUCUAUUUGUCACCAAAUAUGCUGGCUGCGUUAUUGUUUCUCUUCCCCUUCAUUCGGCGUUUUCUUGAGAGGUCCAAUUAUAAGAUUGUGAUGCUAAUGAUGUGGUGGUCGCAGCCUCGGCUUUAUGUUGGGAGGGGAAUGCAUGAGAGCGCGUUUUCUCUUUUCAAGUACACAAUGUUUUGGGUGCUUCUUAUAGUAACAAAGUUGGCAUUUAGUUACUAUAUAGAGAUAAAGCCACUGGUGGGUCCAACUAAAUCUAUAAUGGAUGUUCAAGUAAGAAAUUACCAUUGGCAUGAGUUUUUCCCCCGUGCAAAGAACAAUAUUGGCGUUGUGAUUGCACUCUGGGCUCCAAUUAUUCUUGUAUAUUUUAUGGAUACCCAGAUUUGGUAUGCCAUAUUCUCUACAAUAUUUGGAGGUGUUUAUGGUGCAUUUCGCCGCCUUGGAGAGAUUCGAACUCUUGGAAUGCUUCGGUCUCGAUUUCAAUCCUUGCCUGGUGCUUUUAAUGCCUGUUUGAUUCCAGAGGAAAAAAGAGAGCCAAAAAAGAAAGGACUGAGGGCCACUUUGUCUCGUAACUUCCCUGAGGAGAUCCAACCUAACAAGGCAGCAAGAUUUGCGCAGUUGUGGAACAAGAUAAUCACUAGUUUUAGGGAGGAAGAUCUCAUUGAUUAUCGGGAAAUGGAUCUGUUGCUUGUUCCUUAUUGGGCAAACCGUGAUCUAGGCCUCAUCCAGUGGCCUCCAUUUUUACUCGCUAGCAAGAUUCCCAUUGCAUUAGAUAUGGCCAAGGACAGCAAUGGCAAAGAUCGUGAGCUACAGAAGAGAAUUGACAAUGACAAUUACAUGGCUUGCGCAGUUCGUGAAUGCUAUGCAUCAUUUAAGAACAUUAUUAAGUUCUUGGUUCAAGGGAAACGUGAGAAACAGGUCAUCGACUAUAUAUUUGGAGAAGUUGAUCAACAUAUAGAGAAGCAUGACCUAGUACGCGAAUUCAAGAUGAGUGCCCUUCCAAGCCUUUAUGACUACUUCGUUAAGCUUAUGAAAUGUUUGUUAGAUAAUAAGAAGGAGGACAGCAAUCAAGUUGUGUUUCUUUUCCAGGACAUGCUGGAAGUUGUGACAAGAGACAUAAUGAUGGAGGACCAUUCCAGCUUGUUGGAAUCAAUCCAUGGUGGGUCUGCUGGGCAUGAGGGGAGGGACCCCCUUGAUCAUCCAUAUCAAUUAUUUGCAUCUUCUGGUGCUAUCAACUUUCCAGUUGAAGUAACGGAGGCUUGGACAGAGAAGAUUAAACGGCUCUAUUUACUGCUUACCACAAAGGAAUCUGCCAUGGACGUACCAUCCAACUUAGAAGCAAGAAGGCGUAUUUCCUUCUUCUCAAAUUCAUUGUUUAUGGAUAUGCCUUAUGCACCCAAAGUUCGCAAUAUGCUUUCUUUCUCCGUUUUAACUCCAUACUACAACGAGGAGGUUCUCUUCUCCUUACGUGAUCUGGAAGUGCCAAAUGAAGAUGGUGUUUCGAUCCUUUUCUACUUGCAAAAAAUUUUUCCAGAUGAAUGGAAUAACUUUCUUGAACGAGUGAAAUGCUCUAGUGAAGAAGAACUUAAAGAAUCUGAUGAGUUAGAGGAAGAACUUCGCCUCUGGGCAUCUUAUAGGGGCCAAUCUUUGACUAGAACUGUAAGAGGUAUGAUGUACUACCGGAAAGCUUUGGAGCUUCAGGCUUUCCUUGAUAUGGCCAAAGAUGAAGAUUUAAUGGAAGGCUAUAAAGCCAUAGAAUCAAAUGUUGAGGACCACUCAAAGGGGGAAAGGUCGCUGUGGGCGCAAUGUCAAGCUGUGGCUGAUAUGAAGUUCACGUAUGUGGUGUCAUGUCAGCAAUAUGGGAUUAACAAACGAUCUGGUGAUCCUCGUGCACAGGACAUCCUGAGGCUCAUGACAACAUACCCAUCACUUCGUGUGGCAUACAUUGAUGAGGUAGAGAAACCCAGCAGUGAAAAAUCCAACAAAAUCAAUGAGAAGGUUUAUUUUUCUUGUCUAGUGAAGGCUGCUUUGCCAAAGUCUGAUAACUCAGAUCCUGUACAGAAUUUGGACCAGGAAAUUUAUAGAAUAAGACUUCCGGGACCGGCUAUCUUGGGUGAGGGAAAGCCAGAAAAUCAGAAUCAUGCCAUUAUAUUUACUCGGGGUGAAGGCUUGCAAACGAUAGAUAUGAACCAGGAUAACUACAUGGAAGAAGCAUUGAAAAUGAGGAAUUUGCUUCAAGAAUUCCUUAAAAAGCAUGAUGGUGUGAGGUACCCUACGAUUCUGGGGCUUAGGGAGCAUAUAUUUACUGGAAGUGUUUCUUCUCUUGCUUGGUUUAUGUCAAAUCAGGAAACCAGUUUUGUGACAAUUGGACAGAGACUGUUAGCCAACCCUCUGAAGGUUCGAUUCCACUAUGGUCAUCCUGAUGUGUUUGAUAGACUCUUUCACCUUACAAGAGGGGGUGUCAGUAAAGCAUCUAAAGUUAUUAAUUUGAGUGAAGAUAUCUUUGCUGGCUUCAAUUCUACCCUUCGUGAAGGCAACGUUACCCAUCAUGAGUACAUACAAGUCGGGAAGGGUAGGGACGUGGGCCUCAACCAGAUUUCUAUGUUUGAAGCGAAGAUAGCUAAUGGCAAUGGAGAGCAGACAGUGAGUCGCGAUAUAUACAGGCUUGGACACCGUUUUGACUUUUUCCGGAUGUUAUCAGCUUAUUUUACCACAGUUGGUUUCUACUUCAGUACUCUUAUCACUGUGCUCAUUGUAUAUGCGUUCCUUUAUGGUCGCCUUUAUCUUGUCCUUAGUGGGCUUGAAGAAGAGAUGAUUACUGAACGAGCAAUUCGAGACAAUAAACCUCUUCAAGUGGCUCUUGCUUCUCAGUCUUUUGUUCAAAUUGGAUUUUUGAUGGCGUUGCCUAUGUUGAUGGAGAUUGGUUUGGAAAGGGGUUUUCGAACUGCAUUGAGUGAAUUCAUAUUGAUGCAACUGCAACUGGCCCCUGUAUUUUUCACAUUCUCCCUCGGAACAAAGACCCACUACUAUGGGAGGACAUUACUUCAUGGGGGUGCAAAAUAUAGGGCUACUGGUCGAGGUUUUGUGGUGUUCCAUGCCAAGUUUGCUGACAAUUAUAGACUGUACUCCCGUAGUCAUUUUGUCAAGGGUCUUGAGCUCAUGGUCUUACUUCUCGUUUACCAAAUAUUUGGUCAGACUUAUAGAAGUGCUGUUGCAUAUGUCUUGAUCACUAUAUCCAUGUGGUUUAUGGUGGGCACCUGGCUUUUUGCUCCCUUUCUGUUCAACCCUUCUGGUUUUGAGUGGCAAAAGAUUGUAGACGACUGGACCGAUUGGAAUAAGUGGAUUAGUAACCGAGGAGGCAUAGGUGUUCCACCUGAAAAAAGUUGGGAAUCAUGGUGGGAAGAGGAACAAGAGCAUCUUCGUCAUUCUGGAACGCGUGGUAUCGUAGCCGAGAUAUUUUUAUCUUUAAGAUUCUUUAUCUAUCAGUAUGGGCUUGUAUAUCAUUUAAACAUUACGAAACACACCAGGAGUUUUCUGGUAUAUGGAGUAUCUUGGCUGGUGAUCUUUCUAAUCUUGUUUGUGAUGAAGACUGUCUCUGUUGGGCGUCGAAGGUUCAGUGCUAAAUUCCAACUGGUGUUCCGAUUAAUCAAAGGAAUGAUAUUCUUGACUUUUGUCUCCAUUCUGGUCACUUUGAUUGCCCUCCCGCAUAUGACACUGCAAGACAUCAUUGUUUGCAUCCUUGCCUUUAUGCCAACUGGUUGGGGGCUGCUUCUGAUUGCGCAAGCCUGCAAGCCGGCUGUUCAGAAAGCUGGGUUUUGGGGUUCAGUUCGGACGCUUGCUCGUGGUUAUGAGAUUAUUAUUGGCUUGCUUCUCUUCACUCCAGUUGCAUUCCUUGCAUGGUUUCCUUUUGUUUCAGAAUUCCAGACUCGUAUGCUCUUCAACCAAGCUUUCAGCCGAGGUCUACAGAUUUCUCGCAUUCUUGGUGGCCAACGGAAGGAUCGCGCAGCACGCAACAAGGAUUAAUCUUGCGAACAUACAAAAUAUUGUUUAUGCUUAUUUCCGGAGCACGCCGAUAUGGCUGGCAAAAGAAUUCAUUGUUCGUAUCUUAUUUUAAGCUGUUGUAAUUAUGGUAGUAAUAGGACUGCAUUAGUGCAAUUUUGUGUAUUCCAUAUGACUCGAGCACUGCAGCUCUUCACCAUGUCAUCCAAACACAUUGGACUGAUUGAUUUCUUAUUUGAAAUGAUAUUUUCCUACGAAUUCUUCGUUA